UCUGUAAGCGACAAAACACACAUAAAAUCAAAAACGUGGUAAAAUCUCAGAUACUAAAACUACAAUAAAAAGGGGAAGAAGAAGAAGUAGGAAGGAACACAAAGACACCACGACUUGUGCGCAAAAAACUUUCGCACUGUCCAACGAUCUCAAAGUCUCUCUCUCUCUCUCUCUCUCUCUCAACCUAAACCCUUUUCUCGCAUGUUGCUUGCUUGUGAACUCGGAUUCGCAUUUCACAAAAGAGUGUCUCUCUCGUUCAAUCUCUCACCAGUCAAAAAAGGUUCACUCCGCAAAGAACGGAUCCAAGAGAUUUUUUUAUUUUAUUUUAAUGCAGAACCGUUCAUAACUCUGAUCUGCAUAUCCUCUCUGUCCUAAUCUUACGCUGCCGUAACGGUUUCUCCUCCUUCCCCUCCCUCUACCAACCUUCCUUCAAUGGUAGUGAUACACUAGUCUAGAAACCAAUUAAUUUUAGCUAUAGCUGCAAGUGCAGUGGUGGAGCUACAUUUGCAUAAAGGCUUUAAUCCUCAGGAAGAGAGAGAGACAACGAUAGAGGGAGAGAUGCUCACGUGCAUAGCUUGCUCGAAGCAGUUAAACACCAACAACGGCGGAUCUAAGGAAGAAGACGACAGAGUUCUUGGAACUCCCAGGUCUAAGCAGACCAUCAAGUCCCUGACGUCACAAUUAAAAGACUUGGCAGUAAAAGCAUCAGGUUCUUACAAGAGCUGCAAACCGUGCUCAGGCUCUUCUUCGAACCGGAACCACCACCGUGGUUCAGAUGCUGCCGCAUCACCUUCUGGGAGGUUCCAUUACGCGUACAAUAGACCUGGAAGAAGCGGAAGCUCGACGCCCAAGAUUCUAGGGAAAGAAAUGGAGUCAAGGCUAAAAGGGCUUUUGAGCGGAGAAGGCACACCUGAAUCAUCCAUAAGUGGUAGGACAGAGUCCACACUGUUCAUGGAGGAAGAGCUUAAAGAAUGGGUUGCUCAAGUGGAGCCUGGUGUCCUCAUCACUUUUGUUUCGUUGCCUGAGGGAGGGAAUGAUCUCAAACGGAUCCGGUUCAGCCGUGAGAUGUUUGAUAAAGGGGAAGCUCAGAAAUGGUGGGGGGAGAAUUUUGAGAAGGUGAUGGAGUUAUACAAUGUGCAGCAGGUUAAUCAGCAGAGUGUCCCGGUUCCAACAGCUCCUCCUAGAUCCAAAGAUGAGUGCUCUAGCAAGAACAGUCCUGUAACUCCACCGUUACACAAAGAAUGCCCUCGAGGAAAAGGCUCACUCGCUCACCAACCAACAACACAGAGUCGGUACCGUGGUUCGUCUGGUCUUGCAACGACGCCGAAGCUCUCUACUAAUAGCAUAAGUGGGACCAAAACCGAGACAUCAUCAUCGGUUGAUAUGUCCGCAGGAAGUAGUGGUUCAGAGGAAGAUGAUGAAGAUCAUUCAGAGGAGGUUUCUGUAAGUAACGCGAGUGACAUGGAAACAGAAUGGGUAGAACAAGAUGAAGACGGUGUUUACAUCACAAUCAGAGCUUUACCAGAUGGGAGUCGUGAGCUUAGACGUGUUCGCUUCAGCCGAGAGAGGUUUGGAGAAACGAAGGCAAGAUUGUGGUGGGAAGAGAACAGAGCUCGGAUACAACAGCAGUACUUGUGAAUGCUCUCUGCAACAAAGAAUCUGACAUAGCAAAAACCAAAAGCAUUUUUUUUUAAUUUUUUUUUUUCAAAAAUGUUUUUACUUUUUUUUUUUUAUAACCGUGGGGGGUUCCCAGACGAUAAGCCCAGACUAAUUCCCACGAGGCCUUCCAUCCGGGCACGCACGGUUAUAGACGGGAAGGUGGCCAAGACGAUUCGAAUCCAGGGCGGGCACUCCAGCUGGAGUUCCAUUACCACUAGGCCAAGAGCUCUUGGUUAAAAAUGUUUUUACUUGUAGAAAAGCUAUACAUUUUGAUGGAAUACAACUCUUUUGGUUUGA